AUGUUGACCCACACCAUCCAUGGUAACUCGCAGUCCCAGAAGUUUCCUUAUUUGCGAUGGACAUGGGAGUUACCUGGUGGACAGUUCCAUAAUGAAAUGGACCACAUCAUCUUCAACCGGAGAAUUUGCCUGACUUUCGCCGCUGUUGUUCCGAAGUUUUUUACGGGAUCGGACCAUCGUCUCCUCCGCGCUAGAUUAUGCUUCUCAGUGCGUGGAGAGAGAGCUGCGAAAACCAGGAAACGAAGUCCUGAGACUGUUGUCGACUUGGAUCACUUCGCCUCCCUUGCGAGUGAAUGGGAAGUUUCCGUUAUCGACAACAUCUAUGAAGAUAACAACCGGCUCGUCGAACACCUUCACGAUAAUGCUAAUGAAGCAGAGAGUCUUCAAGUAGCCAAGGGACGACUCUCCUCGAAGACUCUCGAGCUGACACGCCAGUGUGAAAUAGCGCGAGCAACAGGCAAUCAUCAACAAAUGUCGGAACUUGCGAAGCUAUGA